GGCUGCUCCCGCCCCCGGCCCGCCCCUCCGCGGCGCCAUUUUACAGGCGGCUGUCGCGGGCCCCGGCGGCGCUGGCCGAGCGGAGCGGGCGCUGCGCGGCGGCGGCGGCGCGGCACGGCGGGAGCGCGGCGAGCUGCAGCCAGCCUGGAUCUUGACUCUGCUAAUCCGGACUCCCUGCGGGUUUCGAGCCUGGACCUCCGCAGCACCAGGAAAUGUAACGUGUGGCUUGGCUCGUAACGCAGAGCGUAUGGACAGGUCCGCGCCGCCUCCCUUAGGUGCUAAGAGAUGGCACUUGUGGGACUUAGCUCUGACUGAGACGCGGCGCGGCGGUCACUGGACGAGCCGACCGUGAUUCCAGCCUCCGCACUUGAAUAAGCCUCCACGUCUGGCCACUCGGGUCCAGCGGCCACACCGCUCAGCUGGUCUUCAUGAUGGGUAUCGGUAAGAACACUACGGCCAAGUCCAUGGAGGCCGGCAGCUCCACGGAAGGCAAAUACGAAGAUGAAGCCAAGCACCCAACUUUCUUUUCUCUUCCGGUGGUGAUCAAUGGAGGGGCCACGUCCAGUGGCGAACAGGACAACGAGGACACCGAGCUCAUGGCCAUAUACACCACGGAAAAUGGCAUCGCCGAGAAGAGCUCCCUGGCCGAGACCCUGGACAGCACCGGCAGCCUGGACCCCCAGCGCUCGGACAUGAUCUACACCAUAGAAGAUGUCCCGCCCUGGUACCUGUGCAUUUUUCUGGGGCUGCAGCACUACCUGACCUGCUUCAGCGGCACCAUCGCCGUGCCCUUCCUGCUGGCCGACGCCAUGUGCGUGGGCUACGACCAGUGGGCCACCAGCCAGCUCAUCGGGACCAUCUUCUUCUGCGUGGGCAUCACCACUCUGCUGCAGACCACCUUCGGGUGCAGGUUACCCCUGUUUCAGGCCAGUGCCUUUGCAUUUCUGGCCCCUGCUCGAGCCAUCCUGUCUUUAGAUAAAUGGAAAUGUAACACCACAGAUGUUUCAGUGGUCAACGGGACAGCGGAACUGUUGCACACAGAACACAUCUGGUACCCCCGGAUCCGAGAGAUCCAGGGGGCCAUCAUCAUGUCCUCGUUGAUCGAAGUGGUCAUCGGCCUCCUUGGCCUGCCUGGCGCUCUGCUGAAGUACAUCGGACCCCUGACCAUCACGCCCACGGUGGCCCUCAUUGGCCUCUCAGGUUUCCAGGCAGCGGGAGAACGAGCCGGCAAGCACUGGGGCAUCGCCAUGCUGACAAUUUUCCUAGUAUUACUGUUUUCUCAGUAUGCCAGAAACGUCAAGUUUCCACUCCCAAUCUACAAAUCCAAGAAAGGGUGGACCGCCUACAAGCUGCAGCUCUUCAAAAUGUUCCCGAUCAUCCUGGCCAUCCUCGUGUCCUGGCUGCUCUGCUUCAUUUUCACGGUGACCGACGUGUUCCCGCCGGACAGCACCAAGUACGGCUACUACGCGCGCACGGACUCCAGGCACGGCGUGCUCUUGGUGGCCCCCUGGUUUAAGGUCCCCUACCCGUUUCAGUGGGGACUGCCCACCGUGUCUGCGGCCGGCGUCAUCGGCAUGCUGAGCGCGGUGGUGGCCAGCAUCAUCGAGUCCAUUGGGGACUACUACGCGUGCGCCCGGCUCUCCUGUGCCCCGCCGCCUCCUGUCCACGCCAUCAACAGGGGGAUUUUCGUGGAGGGCCUCUCCUGCGUUCUCGAUGGCGUGUUUGGGACCGGGAAUGGCUCCACUUCCUCCAGCCCCAACAUCGGCGUUUUGGGGAUCACUAAGGUCGGCAGCCGGCGCGUGAUCCAGUAUGGGGCCGCCCUCAUGCUGGGCCUGGGCAUGAUCGGCAAGUUCAGCGCCCUCUUCGCCUCCCUCCCGGACCCUGUGCUCGGCGCCCUCUUCUGCACCCUCUUCGGCAUGAUCACAGCCGUCGGACUCUCGAACCUGCAGUUCAUCGAUUUAAAUUCUUCCCGGAACCUCUUCGUGCUUGGCUUCUCCAUCUUUUUCGGGCUUGUCCUUCCAAGUUACCUCCGGCAGAACCCCCUCGUCACAGGGAUAACGGGAAUUGAUCAGGUGUUGAAUGUUCUUCUCACAACUGCGAUGUUCGUAGGGGGCUGUGUGGCUUUUGUUUUGGAUAACACCAUCCCAGGUACUCCCGAGGAGAGAGGGAUCAGGAAGUGGAAGAAGGGCGUGAGCAAGGGGAACAAGUCCCUGGAAGGCAUGGAGUCCUACGAUCUGCCCUUCGGCAUGACCGUCGUCAAGAAGUACCGAUGCUUCAGCUACCUGCCCAUCAGCCCCACCUUCGCGGGCUACGCGUGGAAGGGCCUCGGGAGGAGCACCACAGGCCGGAGUCCGGACGGGGACUCACAGGCCACCGUAUAGCCGGGGCUCGCCCCAUGCCCGGCCACGGUGGGGCGUGCGCCUGCGGCUCCUCGCCGAGCCCUCAGCAGUAGCGUGUCUGUCUGUAUAUCUGCAUUUCCAUCCUGCACCCCCGAGCUCAGCCCUUCCACGUAGCUUUUCUGUUGUGGGUGGUGAACAGUGUCCGGUAGCGUGUCUCGCGCCCUCUCCUUAUUUAAGCCCUCGCCCCCGCGCCUCUGAGAGCGUCCGUUGCUGGCCGUGACCGCUGGCCUUGAGGUUCCUGUCCGCCUGUGGGAGUGGAUGUCUGGCGUCCACGCUGUCCUCUCUAGCAUCCCCCUUUCUGCCCGCCGACGUUCCUACAAGCUGCCUGCAGGGUUCAGGGCUUUCUGUCCCUGUUGCCUUUUUAAUAUAUAUACAUAUAUAUAUAUAUAAUAUAUUUUUAAAAUUUCAGUCUGGGGCCGGAGUGAUAGUGCAGUGGGUAGGGCGCUUGCCUUGCAUGCGACCAUCCCGGGUUCGAUCCCCAGCACCGGAUCUUAUGCCUCGUUCCUGCGAGGAGUGAUCCCGGAGAGCAGAGCAAGCAAAACAAAACAAACAAAUAAUAAAAAAAACCCAAAAUCUCAGCCCGCACCCUGAGAGACGCCCUCUGGUCCAGGAGCACCCACCUCCUCCCGUGGUCAGACUGACAGUUGCUGAUCCGUGUCCCGCUUCCCCGAUUCCCCUGCAGGGGGAGCUGUGGGCCUCCCGGGCAGUCGGCGCCGUGGUUCCGCCCUGCCCAGCUCUGUCCCCGUGGAAGUCUGUCUGGGGCCUGGAGGAGCAAACAGCAUCUGCGGGGGGAGGGGGGUCCACGGCCAGUUCCUCACUGCUCUUUCCGUGUGCCACUCGGGCCCCAACAGGCCUCAUUCUUCACUUGUUGCCAAGCCGCUCUCUGGCAUCUCUCACUCCCGGGGGGUGUGAUGGGGCUGGACCACCACGCGGAGGUACCAGCAGGCACCCCGGCGAGGGUGGGCUUGGCUCUCGGUGGCUGUUGGUGAUGGCCGCGAGUGUUGUUCACGCCCAAGGUUGUAUUCCUGUUGAACGUGAUUGACUCUAGCCGAUUCUUGAUCAGUGUUUUCCCGUGUAACCCCCCGCCCCCCAUUACCUUGUGUCCCCUUCACCUGUCCUGCCACCCCCGGUCCUUCCCCUGCAUCAAGAAAAGAACCAGCCUCCGUAGCAGCUGUGGACACCAUCAGGGAAGCUUGUGGCUGUUGAAGGCCAGUAACCAUUAUUUGUGGCUGUUUGUUGUUGUUGUUGUUUUUGUUGUUGUUGUUGCUUGAUACCAUGAAAAGUGUAAAUACUGUAACGCUUAAAUCUAUUUAUCAAAACUGACUACUUCUACCAGAGCCCAGAAACCAAUGGGCGUAGCGCUCUAUGUGAAUUUGUUCAGUGAAGACGAAGACCGGGAGUUGGAAAACCCACCUUGAACGGCCCCGGCCCCCCGGUUGAUGGCCCGUGCAGGCGACUCUGGCAUCCACUGCCUCCGGAGACUCUGGGUUGUUGUGUGUCCACUGGAUCUUGUUUCUUGGUUCUGUGUGUGUGAGUUUGUUUCUGUUUUUGUUUGGUGCGGAGGGGAAGAUUCGCUGGCCCGGGUCAGAUGCUGCUUUUCUCUUUUGAGUGCCGGGAGGAGGUGGGGGAAGCAGCCGGCAGGCCCCCUCUGCGUUCUAAAGCAUAACACUAAGUUAUUGGGGGUGGGGGUGGGGGCGGGGAGUGCCCUUGGCACAUCGGAGACAUUAGGCCGCUCUCCCAGGUGUGCACUCUGGCCAGCUGCUGCCUGGCCCUGCCUCGCCUGGGGGCAGCGUGCUUGUGUCACUGCAGCCUCCUGGACUCCCGGUAAAGUACAUUUCAAGGUUGAUUCUGGCAAGAACCCUUUAGAGCACUGCACCGUUGGCCCCAAAUCUCAGACUGCAGAUGGGAGUCAAGACCUGGCUUCUAACACGCGUCAGUUUCGUAGGUCUCUUUUCCCUGCCUUUUUUUUUUUUUUUAACGUAUUUAAAGUAUUGUUACUUUAGGAACACACUGGUUAAGACUUUUGUCCCUUUAACCUGGGCCCUCCCUUGAGCCCCCCCCCCACCCCCUUGGGAGUUAAAGUUGCUCUCCGUCCCUCCUGUUCAUACUUUGCUCAGCACCUCCAGUUUCUCGGUUUUACAAACGAGGGGGAGACUGUACGGCAGCCCGAGGCUGGCAGUAGGCUGAGCUUCCCGAGGGCAGCCGGGGUCCAGCACCCCUGCCCUUCCCAACCCCACCUGAAACAUUGUAGGGGGAGGCUGGGGGCUGCUUCUGCAAGGAGACCCCUGUGCAAGGGUGCGCUAGACAAACUCCCCUGCGGUGGGGACUCUGGACCCAGGGAAGGAGGGAGCCCGGUGCUGGGCGUGCAGCCUGUGGUCUCCGGGUGCUGGGGCGGGAGGGGGGGAUGUGUGUAAUAAAUCGUGCACACGAGCGGCACAUGCCAGCCCUUUGCCUUGAGGAAGAGCUGCUCCUGUUCGCAGAUCCACCACUCACGCAGCUUUGAGCACGGGCACAGAGCAACCUCCCCUGCAGGGGGCGCCCAAGAGGCCGCCCUGGCUGGCCCUGGUCGAAACCUGCCCCCAGGUGCGGAGCCAUCAGAGCAACUUCAGACAUCCAGGAUAGAGAGGGGCAGGGUUUUCACUCUGCGGUUUAAACCGUGGCCCCGUCCCCAGCAUUUCCACCUUUCCUUGGGGAACCGUGAUGUGGAGAGGAGAAGGUAUUUGUCAGGAUAUAGCUGCCCAUUUCACAGGGGGGGCAGCGGGGAGAUGAGGGAGGACCCCCACCCCCAUGGGGUGCACUGCAUUCUCCAGCAUGGGGUAGACCGGCUAAGGAGAAACGGCUCCAGGCUCGGCAUAACUGUUCUCAUUCUCAGCUAGGGGAUUCGGUUUAUGGACACAGAUCCUUCUUCUCGGAGGGCUUUAGACGUUAACUUUUUUGGUUUCUUGGCAAGAGGAUGUGGCUCACCCGGGCCAGCUGGAAGGAAGCAUCGUAGCCCCCCCCACUGCUGGUCUCCCCAUUUUCACAGUAACAAAGUCACACCCAGGAUUUGCUUUCUACUGUAGAACACUGACUCUUCACGGCGACGACCUGGUUCAUGCAUGAAUACUGCAGUAUUUCCAUAUAGUCGAAGAACAUUUCUGCCCGGGAUAAUAGUCGCAUUUUUCCAGGGAGGGAAUGAUAAUAAUUUUCAUGACAAUGUCAUGCAAUGAUAGAAUUUCUCCAUUGAUGAAUCUCUAGUACGUGUGUAUACUUUCUUUACCCAUGCCUGCCUUUCGGGACCGCAAGCUCAGCUGUUCCCGCUUCGUAGCUUAGACUGGAAGUUGGCAGCCUUUGCCUUUGGGGCGGGGGGCGGGGGCCGAAGGGCACACAUGUGAGCCGGCCAGAUGAGAACUAAGGAUCUGCGGCAGAAGCGGCCUUCCUGAGUCCACCGGGGUGUCCAUGGGGCUGUCAGGCCCAGCCCAUUCCCGCCGGUCCCCAGGGUGCGUCCAGGCUCCUGGGGCCACUUGUUGGGGAGCCACCCUCAGCUCGAGACAUAGGCUCCGGCUUCGACUAGCCGUGGCUGCUGGGCUCUGGCCACUGCCGGUCUGGUCACACAGGAGGAUGACUCCCGUCCACCUCAGAAACAGCCCAGGCAGGGCUCGGGCACGCGUUGCUGCUGGGACCCCUUCCCAGCCUCGCCCGCGCGCCGCACCUGUUCUUGGGCGGUUUCUGACCGUGCUCUGUGGUGGUGGUCUCAAGCAGCACCCAGCACCUUCUCGAAUGCUCUUGUGUGUCUCCAGGCCUGCCGGACACCCUUCCCGAGCUGCCAGCUCACUGACGGCUGAAGUCAAUACCUCCUUUUCUGUGGGUGACCGUCCUUGUUGGAAACAUUAACGAAUUUCUAGCUGUUCUGAACAGUGGGGGAUGCCGCUGCUUCUUCCUUGUUUUCGUGACUUGACUUUGGCUCUAGACCCUUCUGGAAUUUUGUUUAUGUUUAUUUCGCAUAUCAAGGGUGAUCUGGGGGUGGGUUUUGUUGUUUUGUUUUUUGUUUUUUUUUUUUUCCUCCUGAGAUGUGUAAUUCUUUUAUGGAGUUUUUAAAAACAAAAAGAGAAUUUUCAUAUUGUUUUUCUAACAUGGCUUCAUUCAACGUUUUAAGUAUUUUAAAAAAUAUGUAAUAUUUGGACCAGAUGUUGUGAAUAAUAGUAGAGAUAAAGCUAUUUUAUUCUGUAUUUUUAAAACUGUUCCGUACAAAUAAAAGCUCUCGUGGACGCA